AUUUUAAGUUUAAUAAGUUGCUAUAUAAAAAUGACUUCAAACAUUAGUUUAAAUAAAGGUAUCCCAGUAUUCAGGGAUCUGGAAUAUCAAUCGAGGGUGCAAGAAAAUGAGAUGGAAUAUCCACUGUGGUGGAGUAAAAAGCAGAUAACCGAAAGCUUUCAGAACUGUCCCGAGGACACGGCAUGGAACAUCUUCAUAUGCGUCUUUGUUCUAGUGUCGAUAGUGUUCCUUUAUUCUGAUUUUAUUCCGUACUACGAGAUCAUUGACCUCUCCUAUAACGUGGUCUAUGCGGUACAUGUUCUCGGCAUCGCUUACAAUCUAUACGUGAAUAGAGAAAAUACUGAAAUUACUUGCUGUAUUAUUUUUGCGUUUUUCAUCGACUUCGCCACUUAUUUGCAUUACUUUGUAACAUUUCCUUUCCAUCCGAAGGAGAGUAAACUGGCCGCUUACUAUCUGCGUCUGCACAGGCCUAUCAGAUAUCUUUGGGCACUGAACGACUUCGACUUCAAAAGCAGCAUCAUUGGCACUGCACUUAAGAAUUGUUAUAUUUUCUUGGUGCUGCGAGUCACUUGGACCAUCAUCUGGAUAUUUUUUCAAGAGGAAGUGGGAGACUACAGUGACUUGGUGUGGCUGCGCGCGCACGACCAGAAACCAAUGAAGCAUGAGGCCUUGAGCGACCAAAAUGUCAGCCUCUUCUUUGCCAGCCUCUAUCUCGUUAACAAGAUAUUUAUACCUAUUGGUGCAACUCGUCACCCGCAUUCUGAUACGGAGCGCGUGCUGGCGCUGUUUGUGACCAUCUCUGGAUGUCUGACGAUGAUAGGAUCGGCGGUAGCGUCACUGUCAUUAGCUAUUGGCAUCUACAUGCGUCCCGAGGAGGCCUUCAGAGCACGGUAUCGACUCAUCAUGAGGGACAUGAAGGAGUCCAACGUGCCUCGUAGCCUUAGCAAGACAGUGAUGACGUUCUACAAGAUGUACUGGCAUAAGAUGCGCGCGGUGUCUAGCACGCAGCUGCUGCCCGCAUUCCCACCUUGGUUGCCCACCAUCGUCUACACAGAUAUCUACUUUAAAGCCACGCAAAAGAGUCGCAUCCUGUGCGACCUGUCGUACAGCUUUCUGUGCGAGGUGGCCAAGACUAUGCAGACACUGCACUACAUUCCCGGUGAUGUCAUCAUCAAGCGCUCCACUAGGAAGUCUUCUAUCAUUUAUAUCACGUACGGAGACGUAGAGAUGCUGACGGCGGAAGACGACAGCACGGCAGUGCUGCGACUUUCGCGCGGCUCAGUGCUGUCGUCGUGCGCGGGAUGCGUGCCAGCUGGCUGCGGCAAGGCGCACGUUGAGGUGCGAGCCGCUACCUUCUGCACGGCCCAUCUGCUACACGCACGCGACCUCUGGCGCAUCGCGCUCAAGUACGGCAAAGACAACGGGCAAGCGGCUAUCAUAUUAGCCUCGUUUUAUGAACAUUUCGAAAGAGUCAAAAGACAUUAUUACCUAAAAACUCCUGAACAAGCUAUGUACAAGAGCAGCAUCCGCGAGUUCAAGCGCAACCUGAUGAGCCUGCAGGGGUGCCGGGAUGCGGCAGGUGGGCUGCUGCUGGCCCGCACCGACAUCAUGCUUGACAUCGCCGGCUGCUACAUCAUGAGAAAUAGAGCUGACGCGUCGCUGACGGACGAGUCUGACGACAUUUGCCUGCGCUCGGUCUUCCCCUGCAUCCUGCAACCACGCUCCGUCCUGCUCACCCUUUGGAACUCCUUCGUCUGCUGCGUCAUCGUCGCCGUUUGCUUUACACAUCCGUACUACAUCGCCUACAAGGGAACGGUGCCGAUACAGUUUAGGUUCUACGACUACGUGGUGACAUGUAUUUACUUGCUGGAUCUCUUUGUGUAUCUCUCCACGGGAGAAAGGGUUGAAGACGGUGUGCCGAUAACGCUGGCGCAGACGGCGUCCCAGCAGAUCCGCAGCCACUGGUUCGUGUUGGAUUCGUUGGCCACCGUGCCCCUCCUGGAGUUCAUACACGACGGACACUUUGCCGGCAUUAACAAACUUCUUAGAUUACCGAAAGUGUUCCGCAUGCUAAAGUCUCUGGAAGACGAGUGGGUAUACUACAGUAACUUCCUGCGCUUCUUUUCUUACUCGCUGUUGCUGGUCAUGUCGUGUUACUUCGUCGCCGCCUUGCAGCAAGGCUUUAUGUGCUUCUGUUUCGGUCACUGCUCAGUGACGAAUUUAACACACCCGCCGUUCUGGGCACACGUACCGCCCGAUGACGCUUCCAUCAACAACACCCUCACCUUCGGAUUGUACUGGGCCAUCUCCAUGAUCACCGUUACUUGCCACAAGGAGACGGGUGCGAUGUCUAACUGGAACAAUGUGCUUUACGCCAUGCUGGUGCUGGAGCUUUGCAUCAUUCUGCACAUCUUCAUGGACGCUGUCUACUCCGCCACCAUCAUGGUCGCUACUGCGCUGAAAGAAGACUACGACGCGAGCAUCACAGAUGUGACUAACUUCUUGAUCAGAAACGACGUAGAGCCCAUUUUGCGACAGCGCUUCAUCACGUAUCUGCAGCUCGGCUGGUACACCGAUAAGGGAUAUCGGAUGACCAAUAAAAAGAGUUCGAUAUACUUCGACCUGCCGCCGCAUGUAUACCAGGAUAUUGUUAACAGACAGCGUAGUAAAUACAUCCUUUGCAUACCUUUUAUGAAGUAUCUGAGUAAGGAAGAUCUAAAGACGGUGUCGAGUCAAGCCAACAUGUUCUACACGUCUCCGAAUGAGAUCCUCUUGAACACCGGCGACAUCAGCAAUGAAAUAUAUGUCAUUAAGCAAGGAAUUUGCGAGAUAAUUGAUCCUGACACUAAAGAGGUGAUCAAUGAAUUGAGACCGAGAAAUAAUUUCGGUGUGCUUGAGUGUGUUCUACGUAUUCCAGCAUACUACACGGUGCGCGCAGCGACGCAUGUGCAGAUGUUUUCGAUAUCGCGCAAGUACCUGCUGAAAGCAAUCGAGAUACCACAAAUCAAGGACGCCAUCGAAUUUGCUAAAGAACAACCCGAAUACUUUAGCCUGCAGACGCGGCGGCAGCCCUUCGUGUCAUACAUGCCACCCGCGCCCAUCCCUAAUGUCGAACGAUUCCGUCUGCCCCGAAAGCAUGAGCACGACUACGCCUUCCUGCAGCCAUUUAGGAAGCUCGGCUUUCUCUCUGUAUUAAGAUAUAUAUUCCCACGAUUCACGAUCCGUCCGGACAGCGAGUACCUUAUGCGUGCGGAGUGGUGCCGCGGAUGUUGUGCUGUGAUGUCCGCACUGCUCAUCCCUGGCUAUCCCUACCUCAGUUUCGAUUCUCUGCCCCUCUACUUCACGCUACUCCUGCUCGACUGCUCCGCAUAUUUCGACAUAUUACAACGUAUGCUGGUCGGGUAUUACAACGAGAAGGGUAUCUUGGUGUACCACCCAGCUAGCACGGCCGACCACUAUAUCCGGGGCGCCUUCCUCAUUGAUCUUUUCAGCUGUCUACCGCUAGAGUUACUCGAGACAAUCCUCAAGGAACUAUACAGUGACAGGUACCGUGUGGCGGUGUCGUGGCAGUACCUGAUGCUGAAUCGGCUGCUGCAGCUGUACCGGCUGCCGGCCGCCGUGCAAGGCCUCGAUCGGUAUAUUCGACGCGACAUCGUGCUUGUUAUCAAAGCGACACCACUGUUCCUGAUGCUUUUGAACGUGAUGACCUGCUGCCUGGUAUUCCACUCAGUGGACAUCUACACGUGGUACAAUGAGUCAGCGCUGCUGAUAGAGCCCCGAAAAGACCACGGCGGUUCCUGGGUCCAACUUUUCAAUGAUAACUUCCGCUUCAAUAUAACGGAGGACAUUUGGGACCUACACCUGGCAAGCUUCUUCUGGGUGACAUUCGAGGCGACCACCACCGGCUAUAACGUCAUCAAUCCUAGCAACUUCGACAUCAUGAAGAUUAUGUUUACCGGCAUGCUCGUUGGAGCAAUGCUGACGACAUACUUCUGCGUGCGCAUCAUCAGCAUCCGGUCCAACGUGAACAAACCGCUGGCCGCCUUCCAGCAGCACAUGAAGGAUAUGUCAGCCUUCAUGCAUAGAGAGAACCUCAGUCCUGACUUGCAAAAAGACGUGCGUGCUUACUACGCAUAUAACUGGGAUAAAAUGGGCGGCUUGGACUACAGGACUGUACUGAAGCUUUGCGAUCAAAUUACUCUCAGAACUGACGCUAUAUUGGAUAUCUACGGUUCCACAUUUGCUAUGUGUCCAAUACUUGGUCAGUGCGAUAAAUCUCUACUCCGUAUCAUCGGACGCGCAGUACACAGCGUGCACUUCCUUAAGCAUACGGUCAUUGUGGAGAAAGAUGACGUAAUCAAGGACAUAUGCUUUGUGGACUCGGGCAGCGUUGAGCUGAUUGGAGGUGCACCUGAUGCACCGUCCUCUGUUAUGCUAACAAAGGGCAGUAUAUUCGGGGACCUGGACGGCGAGCUGUCACAUCGCUCCGCGGUGUCAUUGGUGUCGCUGAGCAAAGUGCAUCUCCUGCAGAUCAAUGCCAACACAUUUUACAAUAUCGUCAGUGAUUUUCCUGAUGUCAUGCAACUUAUGAUGUCAUAUCGACCCCACAAUGAGAAAUACAUCAAAGGAAGUAUGGACAAGGAUUCUGUAAAAAUUACAAAAGACAAAAAACUUAGUCUCUCCAACUUGCAUCAACGAAUUGGCAAAGGUUUCCUUAAACACAUCCGUGUGAAGAACGUUUACAUACAAUCUUACCUCAUCAUCGUGUCUCUGCUCAGUGUAGUAGGAGACACGUAUAAUGCGGGAUUUCAAGAUAACAACAUGUUGUUCGUUUUAGUGUUGUACGCACUAGAUAUGGCCUUCUGUUUGAAGUUUCUAAUUCUGUACAUAUUGCCUUUUAUUACGAGAGAUGAUGAUGUGGUUCACAGCGUUUUAAGACCUAAAGUGCAUAGGUAUUCAAAACUGGAGACAAAGUUCGACAUAGUAUCUUGCCUGCCGACAGAGCUGCUCUGCUUCUUGAGCCACGAAAAUCGAGGAUUAUUGUUCUCUUUUCUACGCCUCAACAGGAUCUUUAGAGUUGUGACCCUCUACAAGGGCAUUUACCGACACCACGAACGUCUGGGGGUAAACAUGACGCUGAUGACGGUAUACACGGUGUCCGUUUGGUUCUCUCUCUUCGUCCACAUUACCUCCUGCUGCUGGUACUUCAUCGGAUAUCUGGAGGACAGAGCAAAGCCCAAGUCCUCAUGGAUUUAUAAAAAUGACGGCAGUUCGUGGUGCGGUAAUCAUUACCUGUGCUCGAUGUACUUUGUGCUGAUGACAUUUGCACAGAAUGGAGUCGGUGAUAUAUUACCGAAGAACAGAAGCGAGGUGGUGUUUGUGAUAAUUCUUCAAAUAGUGUCCGCUAUGGUGUUCCUGAUUUAUGUCGGCGAGUUUUCGAACAUAUUUCAACAUCAAUCUUUUCGUUCUUUUGAAUUUUUCUGCAAAUAUUUAGAGCUACAGGAGUAUCUGAAGAACAACCGCGUGUCAAAGAACUUGGUGAAGUUGGUGAAUAAGUACUCGCUUCACGUGUGGCGUCAGUCGCGUGGUGUGCAGGUGCCGCACUUUCUGAGGACUGCGCCUCAGUGUUUGCGACUGCGGCUCAUGUCUGCUGCCUUCAUUCACCACUUGAACAAUAGCACUGUGUUUAAGAACUGUGAGCCAGCAUUCCUCAGACAACUUGUUGGGUGUCUACAUCUUUACACUUACAACGAAGGAAUGUUCGUGGUGAGACAACAUGAGAUAACAGACUCAAUGUAUUUUAUUCAUACGGGCCGAGUAUCGGAGAGCAGGGAGGAGGAUAGUACAACUAAAGUUUACCAUCUUGGAAACUGUUUUGGUGUGAUGCAAGGCUUAACACAUGAUCUCCAGUACAGCCACUCGUAUCGUACAAUUACCAAAUGUCAAAUUCUCACAUUGAACUUGAAGGAUUGGGAAGGUCUACUUAAACAUUUUCCUAAAAGCAACGACUCGAUGGUUUUACCGUCAAGUUUUGUUGGUGGUCCUCCCGGUAAAAAAGACAGAAAAAUGUCAAAGGACAAGAGAGAACGCAAAGUUCAAAUCGUCAACACAAACGAUCACCCGCCAUCAGACAAAAGGGUAACCUCUAUAGAACCAAUGACUUUGUCUCCGACCGAAAACAAGUUAACAGAGCCAGAACCGUCCGCUUCACCUCUUGGCGCGUCGCCUUCGAUAAUACCACAAAAAGAUGAUGAAUAUAUUGAAUCGACAAUGGCGACCGAUUCCAAAAAAUCUGAUACCAAAAUUACCAAAACAGAACAAGAUGUUCGACCACUGAAAGUGUCCAGUCAAAUUCAGAUGAGAAGUGCAUCUGAGGAGAGACGUGAAUCGCCCGUGAUACAGGAUGAGCUCAGAGAAAUAACGAUCGGCAGGAAUUUGCGGCCAACCGAAUCCACAACAACAUUACAAAGUAAAGCCUCAGAUAUUUUUGAUAUUGGUGGUGAAUUUAGCAGCGAGUCUAUACAAGAUAUUGAUAGCUUACUUCGUGUGGAAGACCAACGGAUAACCGCUGACUUGAUAGCUAAGCUUAAAAAAACUAGUAAACCGUCAAUCUCAGAAGUAACAAAGGGUGAUGAGACAGCAAUGUCUGCCGAGUCUGGUUUAAUUAUUUCCAAGUUAGAUAUGAAAAAUGUUGAUGAUUAUAUACUUGAACGUCAGGAAGAGGAGGGGGAGCCAUUGCAGGGUUCACAACAGGAGGAGAUAGUACCGGUUGCACCACACGAUAGAUUGCAAUCGACCGAAAUACAAUCUACUUCACGAGCAAACCGACACUUUUUUCACGUCCAUUAUAAAGAUGAUGACGAAGAAAAAGAUAAUAAAUCUGAUGAAAAGCACAAUAAACAGGAUUCCUUAGGCGAGGCUUCAAGAAAAGAUGUACUAAAAGGUAUCAAAAUCAAAGAUGAUUUGGAUACCCCAAACGAAGAUGCAGAAUCUGAGAAUGUUUCUAGUAAAACCAAGAUAGAAGAAAACAUAGAAGGAAAAGAAAACAAAGAAAAAGAAAAUAUGGACGAGCCUGAGAAUAUAUUGGGGCGAUAUUUAUCAAUAACGAGCAUCGAUUUGGAGGCCCGCCAACUUUGA